UCGUGUUUUAGACGUUGUUGAAUGUUGAAUCGAGGUGUAGCACGUGCUCAUAGAAUCGUAUUGCAAUUAUCAAUAGAGCUUUUUUUUUGUGCUAGUUUUGAAGCAAAAAAGUGAUAAGCAAUGUUCUUCCUUAUUGGCUUGGGGUUGGGUGAUCCAACUGAUGUGGGUGUUUUUGGCCAACAGAUUAUCAAAAAAUGUGAACGAGUUUAUUUAGAAGCAUAUACUUCAAUUUUAGUCAAUGGAACUGAGCCUUCUCUGGAAACCUAUUAUGGGAGAAAAAUCUUGAUAGCUGACCGAGAACAAGUGGAAGUUGGAGCUGGAGACCUGCUGCAGUCGGCUGAUGUGCAGGAUGUUGCGCUGCUGGUGGUGGGAGACCCUCUCAGUGCCACAACUCAUUCCGAUCUCAUGCUCAGAGCUCAAGCUUUGGGCAUCCCAGUCCAGGUUUUAAGUAAUGCUUCAGUGCUGACCUCUGCUGCAACAACUGGGCUCAAAUUGGAGCGCCUUGGAGAAGUUGUGUCCAUUCCAUACUGGGAAGAAAACUGGCAGCCUGAAAGCUUUUAUGACAAAAUAUGCACCAACCUCAAGCAUGGCUUGCACACUCUUUGCCUUCUUGACAUUAAAGUCAAAGAGCAAACCGUUGAAAACAUCAUAAAGAACCGGAAAUUGUUUGAACCUCCUCGCUUCAUGCGCACCCACGAAGCUGCCAAGCAGCUGCUGGCCAUCAUAGAGAAGAGAGAGCAGCAGGAUAAUUCCUGUACAGAAGGCACACUCCGUCGUGACACUACCUGCAUUGCCUGUGUUAGGCUGGGUACUGAGCGCCAAAAAAAUCUCGUCAUGACACUGCAAGAAUCAGCUGAAGCUGACCUAGGCGAGCCUUUGCACUCAAUGGUGGUUUGUGCCCCCCUGAGCGACGCGGAGACACGUGACGCGGCUGCUCUGGCUUCCUGGUAUCAAGGAGCCACAAAACCUGCGUCUUCUUGUGCUGGACGCCUCCAUCUUAUAGGAAUGGGCUUAACAAUCUCUGAUAUCACCGUUAAGGGUGUAGAAAUUUUGCUCAAAACCAAUCAUGUGUUCCUUGACAAAGCAUCUAGACAAAUUUUGAACGUGUUGUUAGGCUCGAGGAGCAUUCGAGAAAUUUUCUCAGAUGUUUUCAACCCUGAUGAAUUGGAUCGUUUGGAUGCUGCUUUUGAUGUGAACAAACCAAGUGUGAGUGCGAGCGAUUGUGAAGACGUUUUAGCAUUACUCAAAAGCGGAGAGGAUGUGACGAUUAUGAUUUGGGGAGAUCCUCUGGCCCUCACUGAAUAUACUUCUCUACUCACGCGGCUAGUAGAUUGCAACAUCCCAUUUUCAGUCGUGCACAACGCGUCUCUAAUUAAUUCUGUGGCAUCAUGUGGGCUGCAGCUAUAUUCAUUUGGGGAGGUCAUCCGCCUUCCAGAGUCUGGAUCAAUUUAUGACCCACACUCGUUACCUGAUGUACCCGUGUUUUACAAGAAACUCAUGAGCAACAUUAGCGUUGGUUGGCACAGUUUGUGCAUUUUGCAUCGUGAGGGUAAUGAUAAAUUGUCACAAUGGACUCCGUGUGAAGUUGCUCGCCUAUUGUUGAAACUUUCAUCUGUCAUCGAAUCGUCCAAAAUAGAUGGUGCCUGUCGUGUUGUGAUAGGCAAGAUGCCGACACGUGGACAACCAAUAUAUUAUAACACCAACCUUCAGGAUCUAGCUAAUGCGGAUAUAUUUCGUAGUGAGACAGCGUUGUACGCUCUUAUCGUGUUGGGCCACACACACCCUCUUGAAGAAGAGUGCUUAGCUGCUCUGACUAAACCAAUUUCUAUCUCGUAGAAUGCCCAGUAAACACGAGUUGAAUUGGA